AUGGAAAGGUAUUCAAAAAACAAUUUAUUAUUUUCUCAAUCAUAUUUCGUUCAUUUAGAUAUGAAUCAAAAAGAUCGAAUUAAAUUCAUCAUUCUAUUAAUAUUAAGAUUAAUUGGUUUACUUGCUUUAUUAUAUUUAUUUGUUUGUUCACUUGAUUUAAUGAGUUCAGCUUUUCGACUUAUUGGAGGUAAAUUAACAGGUAAAGUUUUUGCUGAAGGAGCAAUUCUUUCAAAUCCUAUUGCUGGAUUAAUGAUUGGUUUAUUAACAACUGUUAUUGUUCAAAGUUCAUCAACAUCAACAUCAAUUGUUGUAUCAAUGGUUUCAUCUUCCAGUACAUCUGUAACCAACACAUUAGUUGCUUUAACACAAUCAGUUUGUAUAUUAUUAUUAAGAAGACUAAACCAAAAUAUCAUUUUUUUUAAGGGAAAACGUGAAGAAUUUAGUCUUGCAUUUGCUGGUGCAACUGUUCAUGAUAUGUUCAAUUGGUUAACUGUACUUAUUUUAUUACCGAUUGAAAUAGCUUCAAAUAUGUUAUAUCAUUUAACUGAAUCAAUAACAAAAUCAAUAAAUUUAAAACGAAAUCCGAAUUCUAAUCCUGAAUUUCUUACUGCUAUAACAAAACCAUUAACACAACGAAUUAUUCAACUUGAUAAUCACGUAAUUGAAGCUAUAGCAUUGGGUAAUGCUAGUGCAGAUAUAUCUUUAUUAAAACGAUAUUGUUCAUUUAAAAAUGAAAGUGUUAAUGAUACAUUUAUUCAAGUUCCAGAUAAAUAUUGUUCAUUUUUAUUUGUUAAAGUUCAAUGGGCUGAUUGGCUUAUUGGACUUGUUUUACUUAUUAUUUCAUUAGUUUGUCUUUGUCUUUGUCUUUUUCUACUUGUUAAAAUUCUUCAAUCAUUACUCAAAGGAGCAGUGAAAAAUAUUAUUUUUAAUGUAGUUAAUACAGAUUUUCCUGGAAUAUUUAAACAUUUAACACCAUAUUUAGCUAUUCUAGUUGGAUGUAUAUUAACAAUAUUAGUUCAAAGUAGUUCAAUAUUUACAUCAACAUUAACACCAUUAGUUGGUCUUGGUGUAAUAACAAUCGAAAGAGUUUAUCCAUUUACAAUUGGUUCAAAUAUAGGUACAACAAUAACUGGUAUUAUGGCUGCAUUAACUGCAACAAGUGAAAAAGAUUUAAGAAAUUCAUUACAAAUAGCAUUGUGUCACACAUUUUUUAAUAUUAUUGGAAUUUUAAUAUGGUUUCCAAUUCCAUUUAUGCGAUUUCCAAUUCCAAUGGCUAAAAAAUUAGGUGAAAUAACAGCUAAAUAUCGAUGGUUUGCUGUUCUUUAUAUAGUUUGUUCGUUUUUUCUUAUUCCUUUAAUUGUAUUUGGUCUUUCACUUGCUGGAUGGUAUGUAUUUGGUGGUGUUCUUGGUCCAAUAGUAUUGGUUAUUAUUUUAAUUAUUUUAAUAAAUAUUCUUCAAAGAUUCAAACCGAAGCUUUUACCAAUUCCAUUACGAACAUGGUUAUGGUUACCAGUUCCUUUUCGAUCACUUGAUUUUUAUGAUAAAUAUUUAUUUGGAAAAAAAUGUUUUAAAUGUAAGAAAAAAGUUCAUUCAAUGACAAAUGAUGAAGAUAUUCAUAAAAAUGAAACUUAUAUUGAUGAUAUUGUAGAAUAUCUAUAA